AUGUGUUUUCAGUACAUCCCAGUUGUUCUAAACAAACGUAGCUCUCGUGUCAUUCACAGGAGGAAACGCAAUCCAGACAACCUGAGGCCUCUCCCUGCUGCCUCAGAUGCACCCUUCUGCUUUCCAGUUGGCCUCUGGAACUGUCAGUCCGUGGUCAACAAAGCUGACUCCAUCCCCGCCUUUGCUGCCCAGUCCUCCCUCCAACUCUUUGCUCUGACCGAGACCUGGAUUUGUCCGGCAACUCCAGCAGCUCUCUCCACCAACUUCGCCUUCUCCCACAUUCCUCACUCAACUGGGCAGGGAUAUGGAAUAGGUUUGCUGAUUUCCAACACCUGGAAAUUCACUCCUCUCACUUCUUUAUGCAAUAGUACCUUCCUUGAAUACCAUGCAAUCGCUGUUUCUGAACCGAUCAAAAUGCAUUUUGUUGUCAUUUACCGUCCUCCAGGUCAACUGGGUAACUUCAUCGAAGUAUUACUGUCCUCUUUCCCUGAGGACGGCAGCCCGCUUGUGAUCCUCGGCGACCUGAACAUCCACCUUGACAAACCUCAAGCUGCAGACCUUCUCACUCUUCUGGCCUCUUUCGACCUGAAACGUGUCGACACUUCAGCGACUCACAAAGCGGGAAGCCAGCUGGACAUCAGCUUGACACAUAACUGCAUCACUGACAACCUUCUUGUCACUCCACUACACACAUCUAAUCACUACUUCAUUCAGUUCAUGUUGUGUCUCCCUCCAUCUCCACUAUCCUCCCAUCCUCCUGUUUCCUUUUGCCGCAACCUCCAUUUCCUCUCACCCGCUCUCUUCUCCUCCCUGAUCACUGCCUCUCUGCCCUCUCCCAGCCACUUCUCCUCACUAAAUGUAGAUGACGCCACUAACACUCUCUGCUCCACUCUAACCGGCUGCCUCGACAGCAUCUGCCCUCUCUUCUCCAGGCCUGCAUGCGCGACACCCUCCAACCCCUGGUUUUCUGAGGUUCUUCACAACCAUCAGACCGAGCUUAGGGCUGCCGAGAGAAAAUGGCACAAAUCCAGGGACCCCGCUAAUGUGUCUAAGUAUUAGUCUCUUCUCUCCUCUUUCUCCUCAUACAUCUCUACUGCUAAGGCCGCUUACUACCAGGACAAAAUCAACAGCACCUCAGACGUACGUGAACUAUUCACGACAUUCAACACUCUCCUCUGCCCUCCGCCACCCCCACCCCCCACCUCACUGACUGCUGAUGACUUUGCCACUUUUUUUACUGGAAAGGUGGAUACCAUCAGCAGUCAGUUCUCCACUCCACACAUUCACAGUCAGUCUCCACCCCCAUGCAAUACACUACAGUCCACUCUCUCUCCUAUCGCUGAGGUUGAUAUCCUGCUACUCUCCAAUUGACCCACCACCUGCCCCCUGCAUCCUAUCCCCUCCCAUCUCCUACAGGCUAUCUCUCCCACACUCUUGCCUGCACUCACUCACAUUAUCAACACAUCACUCACAACUGGCACCUUCCCCUCCACAUUUAAGCAGGCUAGGGUACCCCCACUGCUCAAAACUACGCUUAGCCCCUCCAAAAUAGAAAACUACAGACCCAUCUCUCUCCUCCUGUUCCUAUCUAAAACCCUUGAACGAGCAGUUUUCACCCAGGUCUCUGCUUUUCUCUUCUAGAACAACUUGUUGGACUCCAAUCAGUCGGGAUUCAAAACUGGCCACUCCACAGAACCGGCCCUCCUGUCUGUUGUUGACACCCUGCGGGCGGCAAGAGCUGCCUCCAUGUCGUCGGCCUUCAUCCUUCUAGGCCUGUCCGCUGCAUUCAACACCGUGAACCACCACAUCCUCCUGUCCACUCUCACCGAACUGGGCAUCACCGGCACUGCACUUUGCUUGUUCAAGUCCUACUACACAGACAGAUCAUUUCAGGUAUCCUGGAGGGGAGGGGAGUCCAAGCCCCACCGGCUAACCACUGGGGUACCUCAGGGAUCGGAGCUUGGCCCCCUCCUCUUCUCUCUAUAUACAACUGUUCUGAGUCUGAUCAUCCAGGCGCAUGGCUUCUCCUACCACUGCUAUGGCGAUGACGCCCAGCUCUACCUCUCGUUCCAGCCUGAUGACCUCACUUUCUCAGCGUGGAUCUCUGCCUGGAUGAGGGAGUGCCACCUUCAACUCAACUUAUCCAAGACUGAGCUCCUAGUGAUCCCAGCAAGCCCGACGAUCCAGCACGACAUCACCGUUCAGCUCGGCUCAACGACACUGACUGCAUCCAGGUCUGCAAGGAACCUGGAGGUAGUGAUUGAUGAUCAGCUGAAAUUUACUGACCAUUGCUGGUUUGUGUUGCACAAUAUCAGGAAAAUCAGGCCGUACCUAUCCAAGCAUGCUACGCAGCUCCUUGUCCAGGCACUAGUCAUCUCAAGACUGGACUACUGCAAUGCUCUUUUGGCCGGACUACCUGCAUGCACUAUCAAACCUCUGCAGUUGAUACAGAAUGCAGCUGCACAUCUGGUUUUCAACCACCCAAAAAGGGCUCAUGUCACACCCCUCUUAGUCUCACUCCAUUGGCUCCCUGUGGCUGCCUGCAUCAUGUUCAAGGCCUUGAUGCUCGCAUACAGGGUGACCAACAAAACUGCACCUGAGUACCUGAACUUACUGCUGUAA